GCUGAAUGGUUGCCCACAUGGGCACCUCCUAAUAAGUCCCCAGAAUCUAUGCUUCAAAUACAAAACCGAACAAAAGAAGAAGAAGAAGAAACAAGAACACAAACUUAUCUCUUUAUGUUAUCUUUUGUCUGAAUUAAAAAAAAAAUGGAUUCUACUUCGAAUGAUCAUCAAGAGUUGGAACAAUUCGAAGCCAUUGAUGAUCUCCUCGAAGAUUUCUGGUUCUUUGAUAACUUACUUGACAGAAGAUCAAGGAUCUUGAGGUACUGUCAUUCAGAUCCUUACCCUUUUACUUCUUCUUCUUCUUCAACUUGUCCCAAACCCGAAUUACCGAAAAUUGGAGAUUCGGAUUCGGAGAUUAAGCUUCUAGAAGCUUCUACUGGGGGAGACUUUGUUCCGCCGCCGUGUAUAGAGAAAAAAGAAGGCGGAGGCGAGCCUGAGAAGAUAAAUAAGGUGAUGAGAAGGCAGUUCUCUGAGAAGACUAGGGUUCAAGAACGAAGAACUUACUUGCAAAAGAAGGAACCUGUAGUUCGAGAGAAGGGAAUUAAAGAAGGUUCGAGGAAGAAGAACAGAACAAGAAUUAGUUGUAGUAACAAUAAUAGUGUCCAGAGUUGCUCGAUGGGAGGGAGUUUGCAGAGAACUCAGACUUUGCCUAGUUACUUAGGAAGAGAAGACGAUGUAAAUGAGUUUCAAGAUCAAGAGAUUGAUGAUUCAAGAAUGGGAUUUUUGAUCCGUGAAGCCAUCGCUAACUCUUCUUCUUCUUCUUCUUCUGGAUUUACUCCAACGAAACAGAACAUUCCAAAGGUUUCAUGCAUUCCAAGGCAUAGACCACCUAGAAACUCAAGAUCAGAAGACGCUAUUCAAGAAUUGGUCGUCAAAUCACAAAAAAGCCCAAACCGCAAAACGCUGCGUAAAACGUUAAGCAGCAUCGAGACGAAAGAUAUUCAAAUGUUGAAGGAUUUUCACAUUGAAACAGAGAAGAAGCAAGAAGAAGACGAAGAAAAACAGAGGAAGGUCCCAUGCACCACCACUGGGAAAAACCGGUCUACAGCGGUGGUGGGACAGCCGAUUCCGGUUUGGGUUCCAAAGGAUUCGAGAAAAGACAUGAAAGCUCAGAUAAAGUUUUGGGCUCGAACCGUCGCAAGUAAUGUUCGACAAGAAUGCUGAUAUCAUUCACUUUCAUUAGCAAACAAAUUGCUUCUACGUAUAAACAAACACUCAUUUCAUAUUCUUUGGUUCCCUUUAUGUUCAAAAACAUUCAUCUAUCAUUUCACCUACAAUAAUAAGGAAAAAUAACAAUCAUAAUGAUGAGUUUUUUUAUUCGACGGAGAAACCGAACUCAAGUAAUAUUUUACAUGAAGAAGAAUGCGAUAAACAAUCAAGUGAAACUAUAU